AUGGGCAAUACACUAUCUACCUACAAUGAAACUCCACACGAGAUUGAUCUAGGUCCCCAAGUCAGGAUCAAAGGCAUUCAGUACGACAACAAAGCUCGAAGAUACGCAGGCAUCCCUUACGCCCAGCCUCCCGUCGGUGCAAAUCGCUGGCGAAAGCCCCGCGCACUCCCCCGCUCUCACAGCUACACUCAAUCGGACGGAACUCCCUUCGAUGCAUCCUUCUUCCACCCUGUUUGCCCGCAGGCGACCUUCUCCCGUGGCGCAGAGAAGGACAUCGGCCCAGAAACUUACAGCGAGGAUUGUCUUCUCUUGAACACCUGGACUCCCGUUGAAGAGCCUGGAGCAAAUAAUAAAUGGCCAGUGUUGCUCUGGCUUCACGGCGGCUGGUUCCAGCUCGGCGACCCCCUCCAAGAACUCGGCAUGAAUCCCACCGAGCUUAUCUCAACCGGCAAACUAAAUGCAGUCGUCGUUGGAAUCGGAUACCGUCUCAAUGUCUUUGGUUUCCUGGCUGGCGAAGCUCUUCUGGAAGAUAGCAAUAGGGAGAGUGCGGGCAAUUUCGGAUUGUGGGAUCAGCGUUUGGCUAUGGAAUGGGUUUAUGAGAAUAUCACUGCUUUUAAUGGUGAUGUCGACAAUAUUACCCUCGGUGGGCGCAGUGCCGGUGCAUACGGCACACAUGCGCAAGUGUUGUAUGAGUUCCGUCGCGAGUCGCAGAUCUUUCACCGGUUUUAUAUGUAUUCCAACGCUAUUCCGGCUCAGCCUAAAGCGUUGAAGGAUGUGAAUACUCAGUUCGAUGAGCUGUGCCGGUACUUCAAUGUUGCUGAUAGCUUUUCUGGUCCUGAAAAGGUCGACAAGCUGCGUGAAGUGAACUAUCAGGAUCUUGUCGACGCCAUGAAAGAACUCAAGAACCAUACAUUCCGCCCCGUUACUGAUGAAUUGUUCAUUUUCGGCGGCUUCACGGAAUAUCACCGCAGCGGUGCAUUUGCCGAGCAGUUCAAGAAACGUCGGCUGCGUGUUCUAAUUGGCGAGGUUCUCAAUGAGGAAACCCUCUAUGCGACGUAUAAUACCCCUGAACCAAAUCUCGAGUCGCUGCGGCUGCAAGUGUCGAAUUACUAUGCUCCUGAGACCACGGAUCGGAUUCUGCAAGAGUACCAACUACCCUCUAACCAUGAUCCAAACGAGUGGAACACACUUUUCGGAAAUAUUAUCUCAGACGGCCAAGUUCGAGCUCCCUCUCGAUGGUUGAUCAAUUGUCUUAACAAGAAUGGUAUUUCUCUGCGCGAUAUUUGGCGCUAUCGAAUUGCCUACAGGCUCUCCUUUAUCACGGACAAAGUUGCCCCUCACUCGUUUGGGGUGGCUCAUGCUAUGGACAAGCCGUUUUGGAACUUCUCCAUCAUGCAUGGUCCAACAACUGCCGAGAGAAAAUUGAUGGAGGAUUGGAUCGAGAUUCUCGUCGCAUUCGUCAAUGAUGAUCAGACAUAUGACUUCGGUACGAGUGCAAUUGAUGAGAUGAAGGUCGCAACACCAGAAGGUAAGAUUGAAACACGAAAGGAUGAAAGAUGGGAGCAUCUGGUGAAACUUGGAGAGGUGUUUGCGAAUGAUGUAUAA